AAAAGCCCACAAUAGUCGAACAGCUCUCAGAGUGUAAGCACAAGCGAUGAAGCGGUUUCUGGUGGCUAUUUUGGCUGCUCUGCUGGUCAGUGCCGUGCAGGGCGGUCUCCUAGGAAGGAUUUUUCACAGGGAGUCCACAACCACGACAACAACUACGGAGGAGCCUCGCCGUCCGUUCUUCAUCAACAACAAUAUUCCAGAGAUCGCCGAGGGCUGCAAGGCCCACUACACCUGCAACAAAAAGCUAACCCAGGUGCCUGCCCCGCGACCCUGCCUCAAAUACUGUCUCAAGAUGGUCGAGUGCCCCAACAACCAGAAGACCCGCGCCAAGCCCAACCAGUGCGUCGAGUUGGACGAGCAGCAGGUUCUGGCCUCGUACGAGGCCUCUACCACAGUGAAGCCUACCAGCGGACAGCCUGUGACCGAGAAAAUCAUGGAGGUGGCCAUGAUUGACUUCCCCUGCCAGCCGGGUUACCUUCCCGACCACCGCGGACGCUGUCGGGAAAUCUGGUAAAUGGCACAGCCAGUUUCGUUCGUGAUAUGUGUAAUUGAAUCAUUUCGUUUUAUAAAAUAUUUGUUUUGAAAUAAGCUGAGCACCCCAACUGAUAACAAU